GAACGGAACGUGGAGGUGGCCCUGGGCCGGGAGGAGGGGCGGUAGCGAAUGCUGGGAGAGUCCGACUGGUGCCGCGCUAACGCAGGAACCGGUCGCCGAGAGUCCCCGCCAGGUACGUGUGCCUGUGCUCUCCUGUUCUCUCCGCUGCCCUUCGCACCUUGAGCUAGAGCCCCGGCAGAGCUGGGACUCCGACCGUGGUCUCCGUUGUCCCCGCCAGUCCGCGGCCCGGUCUCUGGUGGCGGCGCGCCCCUAGUCUACGUUUCAGGCCCAGCAGGACAGCUCUUGGCGUCACUGCUGCUUUGGGAAUCGCGCCGAUCGGCGUUCGCCGGCGUUACCACUGCUGAGCAGGAGUUCUCCUGAGGCUUGCGACGGGGUGUCCUGCCGGGGGUAACUGGGAGCCUGAGGUUAGGAGACCUUCAGACCCUGGUACACAAAGAGCAGGAUGAAGUUAAAGGAAGUUGAUCGUACAGCCAUGCAGGCAUGGAGCCCUGCCCAGAAUCAUCCCAUUUACCUUGCUACGGGAACAUCUGCUCAGCAGUUGGAUGCAACAUUUAGUACUAAUGCUUCCCUUGAGAUAUUUGAAUUAGAUCUUUCUGACCCAUCCUUGGAUAUGAAAUCUUGUGCCACUUUCUCCUCUUCUCACAGGUACCACAAAUUGAUUUGGGGCCCUCAUAAGAUGGAUUCCAAAGGAAAUACUUCUGGAGUUUUAAUUGCAGGUGGUGAAAAUGGAAAUAUUUUUCUUUAUGAUCCUUCUAAAAUUAUAGCUGGAGACAAGGAAGUUGUGAUUGCCCAGAAUGACAAACAUACCGGCCCAGUGAGAGCCUUGGAUGUAAACAUUUUUCAGACUAAUCUAGUGGCCUCUGGUGCUAAUGAAUCUGAAAUCUACAUUUGGGAUCUAAACAAUUUUGCAACUCCAAUGACACCAGGAGCCAAAACACAGCCUGCAGAAGAUAUCAGCUGCAUUGCAUGGAACAGACAAGUUCAGCAUAUUUUAGCUUCAGCCAGUCCCAGUGGCCGGGCCACUGUAUGGGAUCUUAGAAAGAAUGAACCUAUCAUCAAAGUCAGUGAUCAUAGUAAUAGGAUGCAUUGCUCUGGCUUGGCAUGGCAUCCUGAUGUUGCUACACAGAUGGUACUUGCCUCUGAAGAUGAUAGAUUACCAGUGGUCCAGAUGUGGGAUCUUCGCUUUGCUUCCUCUCCUCUUCGUGUCCUUGAAAACCAUGCCAGGGGAAUUUUGGCAAUUGCCUGGAGCAUGGCUGAUCCUGAAUUGUUGCUAAGCUGUGGAAAAGAUGCUAAAAUUCUUUGCUCUAACCCAAAUACAGGAGAGGUUUUAUAUGAACUUCCCACCAACACACAGUGGUGCUUUGAUAUUCAGUGGUGUCCCAGAAAUCCUGCUGUCCUAUCAGCGGCUUCCUUUGAUGGGCGUAUCAGUGUUUAUUCUGUCAUGGGUGGGAGUGCAGAUGGCUUAAGGCAGAAACAAGUUGACAAGCUUUCAUCAUCUUUUGGGAAUCUGGACCCCUUUGGCACAGGACAGCCCCUUCCUCCAUUACAAAUUCCACAGCCAACUACUCAACAUAGUGUAGUGUUACCUCUGAAGAAGCCUCCCAAGUGGAUCCGAAGGCCUGUUGGUGCUUCCUUUUCAUUUGGAGGCAAACUGGUUACCUUUGAGAAUGUCAAAUUGCCAUCCCAGCAAGGAGCUGAGCAGCAGCAGCAGCAACAGCAACGUCACGUGUUUAUCAGUCAGGUUGUGACAGAAAAGGAAUUCCUCAGCCGAUCUGACCAACUGCAGCAGGUCGUACAGUCACAAGGAUUUGUCAGCUAUUGUCAGAAAAAAAUUGAUGCUUCCCAGUCUGAGUUUGAAAAAAAUGUGUGGUCCUUUUUGAAGGUGAACUUUGAGGAUGAUUCUCGUGGAAAAUACCUUGAACUUCUAGGGUACAGAAAAGAAGACCUAGGAAAGAAGAUUGCUUUGACUUUGAACAAAGUGGAUGGACCUGAUGUGGCUCUUAAAGACUCUGACCAAGUAGCACAGAGUGAUGGGGAAGAGAGGCCUGCUGCUGAAGAGCAGCUCUUGGGAGAGCAUGUUAAAGAUGAAAAACAAGAACCUGACUUUCUGCCGUCACUUAGAGGAACGUUUAACAUUUCCAUCAGUGGGGAUAUUGAUGGUUUAAUUACUCAGGCUUUGCUGACUGGUAAUUUCGAGAGUGCAGUUGAUCUCUGUUUACAUGAUAACCGCAUGGCUGACGCCAUUAUAUUGGCAAUAGCUGGUGGACAAGAACUCUUGGCUCGAACUCAGAAAAAAUAUUUUGCAAAAUCCAAAAGCAAAAUUACUAGGCUAAUCACUGCAGUAGUGAUGAAGAACUGGAAAGAGAUUGUUGAAUCAUGUGACCUUAAAAAUUGGAGGGAGGCUUUAGCUGCAGUAUUGACUUAUGCUAAACCAGAUGAGUUUUCAGCCCUUUGUGAUCUCUUGGGAAGCAGACUUGAAAGUGAAGGUGAUAGCCUCCUACAGACCCAGGCAUGUCUCUGCUAUAUCUGUGCAGGGAAUGUGGAGAAACUCGUUGCAUGUUGGAAUAAAGCUCAAGAUGGAAGCAGCCCAUUGUCACUUCAGGAUCUGAUUGAGAAAGUUGUCAUCCUGCGGAAAGCUGUACAACUCACCCAAGCAAUAGACACUAAUACUAUAGGAGUUCUUCUGGCUGAGAAGAUGGGUCAGUAUGCCAAUUUGUUGGCAGCCCAAGGCAGUAUUGCUGCAGCUUUGGCUUUUCUUCCUGAAAACUCCAACCAGCCAAAUAUUAUGCAGCUUCGUGACAGACUUUGUAGAGCACAAGGAGAACCUGUAGUAGGGCAGGAAUCACCCAAAAUUCCUUACGAGAGGCAGCCGCUGCCUAAGGGCAGGCCAGGACCAAUUACAGGCCACACACAGAUGCCAAGAGCUACAACUCAACAAUAUUAUCCCCACGGAGAAAAUCCUCCACCUCAAAGUUUUAUAAUGUAUGGAAAUGUUAACCCAAAUGCUGUCUCAGCUCAGCUCCCCACAUCUCCAGGUCAUAUGCACAGCCAGGUACCACCUUAUCCACAGCCGCAACCUUAUCAACAAGCCCAGCAGUAUUCCUUCGGAACAGGGGGGUCAGCAAUGUAUCAACCUCAGCAGCCUGUUGCACCUUCUGCCUCAAAUACUUAUCCUAACACCCCUUACAUAUCUUCUGCUUCUCCCUAUCCUGGGCAGUCUCAGCUGUAUACAGCUCAGCACCAGGCAUCUCCAGCUACCUCCAGCUCUGCUGCUUCUUUCCCUCCUCCCCCAUCCUCUGGAGCAUCCUUCCAGCAUGGCGGACCAGGAGCUCCUCCAUCAUCUUCAGCUUUUGCACUACCUUCUGGAACAACAGGUACACUGCCUGCUGCCAGUGAGCUGCCUGCGUCCCAAAGAACAGGUCCUCAGAAUGGUUGGAAUGAUCCUCCAGCUUUGAACAGAGGGCCCAAAAAGAAGAAGAUGCCUGAAAACUUUAUGCCUCCUGUUCCCAUCACAUCACCAAUCAUGAACCCUUUGGGUGACCCCCAGUCACAGAUGCUGCAGCAACAGCCUUCGGCUCCAGUGCCACUGUCAAGCCAACCUUCAUUCCCACAGCCACAUCUUGCAGGUGGUCAGCCCUUCCACAGCAUACAGCAACCCCUUGGUCAGCCAGGCAUGCCGCCAUCUUUCUCAAAGCCCAAUAUUGAAGGUGCCCCAGGAGCUCCUAUUGGAAACACCAUCCAGCAUGUACAGUCUCUGCCAACAGAAAAAAUUACCAAGAAACCUAUUCCAGAUGAGCACCUCAUCCUAAAGACCACAUUUGAGGAUCUUAUUCAGCGCUGCCUCUCUUCAGCUACAGAUCCUCAAACCAAGAGGAAGCUAGAUGACGCCAACAAACGUUUGGAAUUCCUAUACGAUAAACUUAGGGAACAGACACUUUCACCAACAAUCAUCAAUGGUUUACACAACAUUGCAAGGAGCAUUGAGAUUCGAAACUACUCAGAAGGAUUGACCAUCCACACCCACAUAGUGAGCACCAGUAACUUCAGUGAGAUCUCUGCUUUCAUGCCAGUUCUCAAAGUUGUUCUCACCCAAGCCAAUAAGCUGGGUGUGUAAAAGGACAGCCUCACUCCCAGCCAAUAUCGCAAUUUCUCCAAAGAAACAUGUUUUUAAGAAUAAGAUAUGGACCAACCCUCGUUAGCAUGUUUCCAUAGCAGCCAGUCAAGAGCAUUUACACUAUUUCUGCAGAUAUAAUCACUUAGAACUGCUCAGAACCCUGGUGCUUUCUUUUGUUUUAAUCUUUUAUUGCCCGUGAUGAUUUUCCUAUUCUGCAAAUAGUGUAUUUUGGGGAUUACACAUCGUGUGGCUUCCUGAAGUAUUCUGAUAAAAUAUGGGUUUUUAAACCUCAAUAUACUUUUAAGAAAAGGAAUAUCUGGUUAUACAUAAAGCAGAGCUAAAACUAAAUUUCUUUCAUGUCCUCCCCACUUCAUGUCAAUCAGAUUAAAAUGUGUAAUC